GCUGGCAGCACACAGUCUAGCCAAGUCAGUUGAGAGAGCGACUCCUUCGCCGCAGUAACUACUAGAGUUAGUUAAUCUAUUACUUUAGUCGGGUUUUAUACUCCGUACGAGGACUAACCGGUUCUAAAUACUGUAUUGAAUUUUCGACAUUCUAUUGAAUUUCGUACAAUCGGAGGUGCGUAUGUUCGCGUGGACGUGGUGUAGAUCGGUAAUGAUGUCGAGUGCUUGGAUAAAACGGAUCAAGGUUGAUACCAGAAGAGUUCAUACACGCGGUAACAGUGGAACGUGAAGGAUACCAAGGGCAUGCUGGUGUCCGUAACUAUGUGGCUAUUGACACUUGUGUUCGCCUUUACGGCGAGCAUUUCUGCUUGCACAGGACCCGGCGAGUGUCCUCUUUUAAACAAUAAUACAGCUACAACAACGUCAAAAGCAUUGACAUCAACGACAACAGCUACAGCUACAGCAACAAUAUCAGCAGAAUGGCGAAACACCUCAGGGGUUUUCGAUCAAAUCGAGUGCUUAGAUAGGCUGAUGGUACUAAGUCUGCCUAGCUGUGAGUGUCACGGAGUAUUGAGAAACACUACCAGUGCUGCUACUGCUACUACUACUACUGAUAUGGCCCUAGAGGUCGAGUGUUAUGAGGGUGUCCCGUUAAUUGAGACAUUGCCGCGUGAUAUACAGAAAUUAGCGAUUUAUGGAGCUGAUGAGUACCAAAUAACAAGUAUGCUUGAUGAAUUAGAUAAUUCUUCAUUAACGUGUUUUUAUGAACUUGCUAUUACGAAUAGUUCAUUUCCUGUAAACAUAACAUGGGAAUUGAAUACGAGACUUACGGUAUUAAACAUUUCCGAUAAUAAUAUUGUCGAUCUGAGUGAUGUGGUUAUAGGAAAUAAAAGUGAGUUGAGAGUGCUAGACUUAGCGAGUAAUCGAUUGAGUGAAUUGCCGAGUGAAGCUUUUAGGACGCUUACUGGUCUAGUGCGUUUAAGUUUACGGGACAAUGAAAUUGAGGGAGUGGAUGAACGUGCUUUUGUGGGUCUCGCUGCACUUGAGUAUCUCGAUAUAUCGGACAACAGAUUGGUAUUACUACCAGAUGACACACUAACGAAUUUAGCUUCACUCCAGACAUUAAAUUUGAGUGGGAAUCAAUUAAAAAUUUUGGGCGCACGGUGGUUUGAGGCGCUUGGACGACUACGUGAGCUUGAUGUAUCACGAAAUGGUCUUACAAAAGCUGCAUCCGGAGUACUUCAGCCUCUACCAGGUUUGUCGGUUCUGAGAUUGGCAGAAAAUCCAUUAAUGGAACGUGAUGUCUCACUGCUAUUAGGAACUGGACGUUUAGAGACCGUUGAUGCAUCGCGUACUGGACUAGUACGUGUACCAGCAACACUAACUCGAUCAGUAAGAGCACUACGUUUAGCUGGUAACAAACUCACGUGUAUACGCGACGGUGAUUUCGAUGGUUAUCCAUUGCUUAAAAUGUUAGACCUGUCGGAUAAUUUAUUGUUCGAAAUCGAGGAAGACUCACUAGGUCGUUUAGAGACACUAGAGAAGCUAGAUUUAUCAGGAAAUAAAUUGGAAAUAGUGCCACGAAGUUUACCAACGAGUUUGAUGAUACUAAAUCUACGUGGUAACGGCAUCAAAACACUGACCAGCGAAGACCUCCAGGGUAUAGACAAUCUCCAGUGUCUUUUGAUAAAUGACAACAGUAUUGUGACAAUCGAUGAGGGUGCACUGAGCCAGCUGUUAUUUCUCACAAAACUUGACAUAUCUAACAAUCCCAUCAAGCAGCUUCCGGCAAACACACUUGCCGGUCCAGCACGUUUAAGCGAGCUACGCAUGUCAGGUUUGACUUCACUUGAGUGGGAGAAUGAGGAGCACGGUGACAUGGCAUUUCCGGUUCCUACACCCGAGAUGCUCGUUACUCUCGACGUGUCACACAGCCCAGCUUUAGCAGCUCAGCUUUUAACAGACAAUGCGGCAUUGUCCGCAUGCAAAAGUUUAAUGCUAUUAAAUCUCAUCAACACCAACAUCACCACACUGAGAUCAGAUCUUAUUUAUCUAUUCCCGCAAUUAAAUACUCUCGGAUUAGCGGACAAUGAUUGGAAUUGUACGGCAGAUUUACUGUGGCUUGGCGAGUGGAUACGACAGCACGGAGAGAUAACGCCCCCAGCAAGAUGCAGUAACUAUUCAGACGGUAAUUUUGCAAAUCUACUGUUGGUCGAAUUGCCACCACCACCCACCACUACAACGAUUGCAUUACCCGUGACCACAACUGCGGACACAACCAGCGAUAUCUCAUAUCGGAGCUUUAGGAUUGAGAAAUACCCAGAACUACUCCAACUACUCACAGUGCCAACAAAUGCGUCUUCCAGCCCGAGUAAUAUCAGUCGUACUGAAUCGACGCUCGAAAAUACCAGCGUGCUUGAUGAAAUUCCAUCUACCAAACUUUAUGAGGAUGCUACCGCAUCAACGGUCAAAUUAAACGACACUAAAUUCAACGGAAUUUAUACGACUUCUUACCCAACCAACAAACUUGAUAUUAAUAAUAAUAGUAAAGCCAUUAAUAAUAUUAGUAAUGAUAAGAUCCAUUCUAGUAACAUUAAUAAUAAUAAUAAUAAUAAUAAUAAUAAUAAUAACGAUAAUGAUAACAAUAACAAUAAUAAUAAGAAUAAUAAUAAAAAUAAUGAUAAUUAUAGUAACAACUAUUAUAAUAACAGUAAUAAUAAGAAUAAUAAUAACGAUAAGUAUAAAAGUAAUAAUAGUAAAAAUGUUAUCAUUAAUAAUAACAACAGUAAGCAAAUUUUUAAGCCAAAGAAAAAAAAUCAGUCGAUUGUGGUUAAUGAGAGAAUUCGUCUCGAGGACAAAGCAAAGAAAGCUAACCGAGCGGGUAAUCGAAAAGCAAGUGAACAAGAACUUAUUGGUAGCGAACGCGAGAGAUCUAAAGAAAUUCUGGACAACCGAGUGAAUUCAGUGGAACGAGAGGUCGAAAAAAUUUCCGAUCCAAAGAGUCAUUCUGAAAAUAUAAAUAAACAAGUGACCGAUGGAAUUCACAGUACGGAACAUUCGGUAACACUGACGGUAGAGAGAAAAUUGAUAAAAGACGGUCAAAAUUUAGGAAUUGCUCAUGAUAUUGCUAAUACAAUCGCCGAAGAAUUGAAUAGCCGCGGGGCAGAUGCAGAUGAGAAACCGGCGACUGGCAUCGCAACACAUCCCGGAAUGCUGGUGUUGAUUGGUGCUGUCAUUGGGGCAGCAGCUGCACUGACGGUCGUUCUCUCAAGACGAGCCACGAUACGGCGAAGAGACAGGUAUCAUAGACACGAAAACAUUGAAGUACACACUCUGACGCCUACGACAGAACUUUGGUGAACAAUGACACCAUCCUCUAUUUUCUUGCUCACUCACUCACUCACUUACUCACUACUUGGUCGACGACAACCUAUAAGACGACUACUUCACUCUCUUACUUGGACAGUGAAACUUUGAAUUAGAUGCAGAAUCUAAAAGAACAGGACCAAGGUCCAUGACAGGAACAACAACUACAAGAACAACACGAACAACAACAAACUGUACAGAAGUUUAUGUCGUGAGAGAAAUGAAGAGGAAAGUUUGCGCAUUAAUUUUAUAUAAAGGACUGGGAGAUAAGAUAGUGUGUCUUGUGAAUUUUUUAUUUAUUAAUAUUUUGUUGUUGUUGUAAUUGUUUGUUUUUUUAUGUUGAACGAUAAAUAACGAGUUGUAGAAUAGUGUUUGUACCUUUAGAAUUAUCGUAUGAUAAUCAUGUGAUCAAGUGAUGAAAUGUAAGCUAAUGAUAAUAAAUUAAUGAGAGGACGAUUAAAUAAUUGCGAUUAUUUGCGUACCGACAUUCCAGAUAAUUGAUAUCCAAUUAAACAACAACAGUGACAAUAAACA